AUGGUCUCGCCAUACGACCCCACCAACCCUUCGCGGCCCGUGCUCGCACGCAAGCGCACCUCCGAUAAGACAGCAUCCGAGGAGCCCGCCAUCGACGCCGACUCGCCCACCGACAGCCUCGAUGGCAAGGGCAAGACGCGCGCGCGCAUCAACAUGGCCUGCAUCCACUGUCGUCACAGGAAAAUCAAGUGCGAUGGAGCGCAACCCUCGUGCGCAACAUGCACGCGCCUUCGUCGCGAGUGCGAGUACGAACCCGUGACCGAGUACGAGAACCUCAUGUCUCGGGAGCGCAAGCGUCGCAACAAGGAGAAGAAGGCGGUUCGCAUGGCCUCGCUGGGCAUCUUUGCGGGUCAAUCUCCUCUCUCUAUGCUGCAUCCCUCUACCUCAUUGGGGCUACCAUCGGCGCCGUUGGCGCACUACGCCGACCCAUCGCAACCGCAGCCGCUGUUCGUCUCGAUACCCGAUGCGUCGGUUGAGUCGCAGUUCGGACCGAGGCGGCGGAGGGGGAUCAGCGAGACCGAGGCCGUGGGCAUGUCGAGUCGGUUGGGGCCCUUGUCGCCGAUGGUGCCGGACGCAUUCCAGCAAGCGAGCGUCUCGCAACCCCCGACACCAGCACAGACGUAUCGGUUCUACCAGAGCCUCGCAUCUUCGCCGGUGAUGCCGCUGCACACGGGUCCGACUGGCUUCUUCCCUGCGCCGUUGAGUGCGCCGUUGAUGCCACACGCCAACUCGGGUCCUUUCUUUGCGUUCUCACCGCAACAGACGAUGAUGCAGCCGCAGCUGGUGGAUCUCGCUGGGCUGAGCGCGUCCGCUUCGGUCCCCAUGCUCCCUACCGGCGGCAGGGCGAGUGCUACGGACGCAGACCUCAACUUGGGCCUUGUGGAUAUGGCAGACGUGCCUACUGUGGUCCCUACUUCGGCGCACGUGAGGCCGAUCGACCUGCCCGCACCGCACGGCCACUUUGAUUUCGCCAGCAUCCCCUUCCCUACCGCGUCGACGUUUGCGCUUGAGCUGCCGAUGGCAAGCCUGCGCAGGCGAAGUUCGAUCCACCUGCCGGUGGGCACCGCUGACGCCUUCCGCCGGCCGAGUGUGGCCGAGCUGGCUGCGGCGGGGUUGAUGCAGCGCGUCGUGGAGCGACGCGCAGCGGGUGGUAUCAAGGAGGCCACCGACGAGCUGACCGAGGACUCGACGGGCAUUCUGGCCUGGAACGCACAUGUUCAGUCCCAGUUGCCGGCAGGCAUGGCGAGCUGGUCUGGCUUCCAGGCUCCUGCUGCGGUAGGCGGAGAGACGCCCAGCUACCCCGGUAGCGCCGACUAUGCGUUUACCGUCCCCACCGACAGCCGCAGCAACUCGGAUGGAAUGUUGACCCUCGGCCCCCUCUCGCCGCCCCCAGCGCUCAAGCUCGAGGCCGACGAAGUGACCACCACCUCCAGCGUUUCCAGCACCGUCGACACCGGCAACGUCAAUCUGUCCUACUUCACCGUCACCGAGGACACCAAGCCUACACGGGAGGUCUCGCCGUUCGCCCUCUCCCCCAGCUCCGGCAACAGCAGCAACGGAAACCAGAGCUCGCUGCUCUCCCAGGACGCUUGGGGCCCUGAACCCCCAUUGCUUAGUCCCGUCAGCGAACUCAACAGCAAUUUUCACAGCUUCGCCGUCUUUCACCCUCAGGAUAAGUCGGACGACUUCACAGGGUCGCUCGCUUCCGCGUUCAACUCCACCUUCUAG